AUGUCGUGUAUCUCGAACGACCGCUACACCGCAGGGCUUCUUCCCACCUUCAGCAUGCAGGGAAACAUCUCGGGCGCUCGACUGAGACAGACCUGUGUCGAGGACGCGGAAGGCAGUGCAGGCUACGCUUUCGAAAGCCAGGUACCUCACAAAGACUAUCAUACCGCUUCGGAGCAGCCUCUUGAAUGGCACGGCGUCGAGAUUACACCAAUGCUUGGCGCUGUCGUAUUCUGUGUGCCAUUUGCGCUAUGGUCGCUCUGGAUCGUGCUCCAUUGA